AUGAGCCCAACAACACGAACGCUAUCCAUCCUCACCGGCCCCCAUCCCCGUGGUCGGCCUCGCUCGCCGCGCCAAGCCGCGGUCCGGUCGUCCGCCCGGUGGCCAAGCCCAAGGGCGGGGAGGGGGCCACCCGCGCUCGCGCAGCGUGGUAGCGGCGGAUGCGUCCUGAUCGACGCGUUUCAAUACGCCAUUACCGGUUGCCGAACCGGUGUCAUCGCCUACAAUUGGGCGAUAUCCCACAAAUCGUGGAACAAGUACAUGCACGCCUUGCAUGGCAACACUGUUGGCACGCGGAGCACUGCAGCACGCGAUGCCGAAACACACCAGGCGCAAGAGCCGCACCAGGCGCAAGAGCCACAACAGGCGCAAGAGCCGCACCCGGCGCAAGAGCCACAACAGGCGCAAGAGCCACAACAGGCGCAAGAGCCACAACAGGCGCAAGAGCCACAACAGGCGCAAGAGCCACAACCGCAGGCGCAAGAGCCACCACCGGCGCAAGAGCCACUUCAGGCGCAAGGGCCAUCACAGGCGCAACAACCGCCAACACUGGAUCGGGACCAGCCGCCAACCGACCGAGAGCCGCAGCCGCAAGAGGCACCCCAGGCGCAAGAGCCCCCACAGCCGCAAGAGGCACCGCAGGCGCAAGAGCCACCGCAGCCGCAAGGGGCACCACCGACGCAGGCGCCACAGCAGGAGGCAAACCCGGCGCAACUGCCGUCGCAAAUCGACAUUAAUCAGAUCGCUGCAGCCAUCGCAGCCGCCAAUGCGGCGGCUACCCGCAUUGACCGAGAGGCUAGCGCUGCCGCCGCCCGAGCUGAAAGGGAGGCGAUGAUUGCUGCCUUCGCCACCGCCAGUCGCACGGGCCAUGAAGAGGCGAUGACCGAUUUCGCAACGGCCCUGCGCAAUGCCCUCUCUAAUGAGGGUGGAGCCACACGGGGCUCACUCUCAGCCAAGGUCACGCGCACGUACGACGCGGACAUCCCAAAGCUCGAGGGAAAGAACAUCACCCCGCAAAUGAUGGCGGAGUGGGAAGAGUCGAUGUGCAAAAAGAAAAGCCUUACUGCGGUCGCCACGCCCGCGCACUUGAGCCAGCUACUGAACUCCGAGUUGAAAAAUGCGAUCGAAUUAUUUUUUGCAACUCAAAAUGCCCUCAGGCUCAGCAUCUCAAAUUGCGGGUUCCCCGCCCCUAGUGCCUAG